UUGCCUAACCCAGUCUGAAUAAAGUUCUUUAACAGCACAGUUGUGUUCGCUCUUCAAAAAAAAAGAAAUUAAUACAAAAUGUGGACAAAAGUGACUUUAUCUUUGGUGCUUGUGGCUUUUGUGGGUCUGCAGUUUGCCAACUCUCUAACCUGCUACAGCUGUAAUACGCCUCAAUCUUGCCAGAAUCCCAGCACUCAAACUUGCAGCAACACAACGGCGAAUGCAACAAGUGCUUGGCUGAGCACCAUCCACAGCGAUGUGCCACAAGUAAAUGGCAGCCUUACCUUCAAGUGCAUGAACCUCACCCAUUUCAUCGCAUCAAACAAUAGCAAACAAUCCGAGAUUCUGGGGUGCUUCCACGAGUCAAUUCCAGUCUGCAGUCUGACAUUGAAUGCCACCAACAGUGCAACAUGGUCCAAAACUUGCACUACUUGCACCACAGAUUACUGCAAUCGCAGUCCAGCUGGCACAUUUAGCAAGAGUUCUUACACAAUGAUUGGCUCUGUUGUGGCUUUGCUCUUGGUUAAGCUGCGAUCGCUUUAAGAUUAAUUUAAUUAUUGAAUUUGUUAACACAAUUCAAAUAAAAUAUUUGUCGAAAAUAUA